UAAUCCUAUUUAAAUGAACAACCAAUCAGUGGCUGUGUAUCUAACAAAUUUCCACAUAUGUUCAAUAUCUCUUGUUUCCUGUAUGCAUGUUUCAGAUUCAGGCUCUCAAUCAUAUGCUUUCUGCGCUUUUAAAUCGUCCUUCUACACUCAGUAUAAGGAUGCUUUGAUCUGCAUUGGUUAUUUGGGAAGCGAAGGUAGCAUAUCAAAUUAUUCACAGAUAAAGGCAAAGUGACUAAGCCAGCGUGAUACAAAAUCCAGUACUUCUAGUUAAAGUGAACGAAAAUCAAUGGAGAUCGUAAAAAGCCUAGUAUAUGGAGGUUUAAUAGAGUCAAUUACAAGCUUAGUUGUGAUUUUCUCCGCAGCUGCUUCCGACGCUGAUACACUGAAGAUCCUAACUAUUGGAGUGGCAAAUUGGAUAGGUGGAGUUUUUAUCAUUUGUCAGAAUUUGAUGGACUUGAAAAUUAAUUUUACCGGAGUAGGUUCCAAUUUAAGUAAUCAAAGCGAUCAAUACCAAGAGCUACUUGGCCAAAAAGAGCAUUUCCUACUUCAUGCAACUGUUGCCCUGAUAUCAUAUUUUACCUUUGGCCUUGUUCCACCAGUAGUAUAUGGCUUCACAUAUCUUAAGAGUGAUAACAAAGACUGCAAGCUUAUAGCAGUUGCAAUCGCUUCUUCUCUGUGCAUUAUCAUGCUUGCUACUGCAAAGGCUUAUACUCGAGGAGCAAACAAGUUCAGUAAAUACGUCAAGACUGUCCUAUUCUAUGGUAUAGCUGCAAGUAUGGCCUCAGGUGUUGGUUAUGUAGCAGGCCAUUUCGUUAAGAGGCUCAUGGAUAAAUUAGGUUGGUUUGAGAAAAUCCAACCUGGUCAUUCUAUUGACAUCUUUUGCAGUGAUACCUACCUAUUGUAAAAUCUUCUUAUGUUCGCACCCAUGUUUUGUAAGUUUUGAGAACCUAUAAGAAUGAGUGUGUUUUCUUGUAAAUUUCAACUGAGAAAUGAGCUUUUUCUGCACCAAAACUCUUUAGUCCCUGCAGUGUGAUGUUACGAUGAUAGU